AUGUCGACCGAACUUCUUGUGCACCCAUGCUUUGAGCCCCAGACGGGAACAUGGCAAUACGUUAUCGCAGACCCGUCAACCAAAGUAGCGGCAAUUAUUGACUCCGUGCUCAACUUCGACCCGGUCAAGAGCAUGAUCUAUACCGAAACGGCCGAUUUACUAUUGGCGCUAGUCCAAGAAAAGGGAUACACAGUACACAGACUCCUCGAGACGCAUGCGCAUGCUGAUCACUUAACGGCUGCGAACUACCUUCAGGGAAAAUUGGAGAAGAUACAAAGCAUACGCCCUGAGGUCUGCAUUGGUCGCAGAAUCACGGAGGUACAGGACAGAUUUGCGCAGAAAUAUGGUUUAAGCACAGACGAGUAUAUUGGUGUGUUCGACAAAUUGUUAGAGGACGACGAAAUCUUCAAGAUUGGGGAAUUAGCGGUGCAGACAUUAUAUCUCCCAGGACACACCCCUGAUCACGUUGGGUAUAUGAUCGGAGCUAACGUCUUCUGCGGCGACUCUCUCUUUAAUGCCGACGUCGGCUCCGCCCGAUGCGACUUCCCGGGAGGCAAUGCCGUGGAUCUCUACAAAUCAGCGCAGAAGUUGCUUAGUCUCCCAGAGAACUUUAGGAUCUGGACUGGCCAUGACUACCCUCCAGCAUCAGAAGGGCGGUCUGAGCCACUGCCGUAUAUGACGGUCGCCGACCAAAGGAAAGCAAACAAGCAUCUGAAGUUGGGCACACAAGCAGAGCAGUUUAUCAAGUGGAGGAGCGAGCGUGAUAAUUCCCUCGCCGAACCGAAGCUCAUACAUCAGGCGCUGCAGGUCAAUAUUCGAGCUGGAAGGUUGCCGCGGCAGACGGAGGGGGGAUACAGGUUGUUGCAUGUGCCUAUAAAGAUGGAAGGGAGUGUCUGGUAA